UUGAUACAGUGUUUUGAUUAUUCUCCAAUCGAUGUUUCUCUUUUUCAGCUCUCUUUUAUACUUCUCGCUUUCGCCGCUGUCCUGAACGAGAUUGUAUUGUCGUUCGUCCAUGAGCGUGUUCCCGAGACGCCCCCACUGCCUGAUAUCACCUUCUCGUUGAUACCGUACUACAAGGACGGUCUAAAAAUCUGCGAAUAUAUCAUGCUGGCUUCGUUCGCCUCUGUUCUGCUAUUGAUGCUCUUCCAUCGUCAUCGAUGGAUUAUGUUCCGGCGAUUAAUGAUGGUAGGCUCGUUACUGUAUUUGAUGCGUUGCGUUACCAUGAUCGUCACACAGGUGCCUGUCGCCGAUCCGAAUUUCCUUUGUGCGCCGAAAUAUGGUGAGAAUGCGACUUUCUGGAAUGUGGUGCUACGGGGCUUGAAGAUGGUGUCCGGCGUUGGACUAAACGUUCGCGGCAAGUACACUCUCUGUGGCGACUACAUCUACAGCGGCCACACCAUCGUGCUCGUUGUUAGCGCUCUCUUCAUAGGAGAAUAUUCCCCCCGACGAUGGCGUAUUCUGCACAUGUUCUUCUGGUUGGUCGCCCUUGUCGGUGUUAUAUUUUUGGUGAUAUCACGCGGUCAUUACACCCUCGACGUCAUCCUCUCUUACUUCAUCUGUACACGAGUUUUCUGGAUCUAUCACACCAUGGUGGCCCACCCCACGGUCCGGCUAUCAACGCAGAAUCAUCAUCGCAAGGAGUUUUGGUUUCCGUUAUUCCGUUGGAUGGAAUGUAACGUGCUGAAGCCGAUACCACGACGAUUCGACUGUCCGUUGCCAAUGAAUCAACUACGAUCUGUGUUCCGACGACGGGUAGCGAACGCACGUAUUGAAUAG